UUGAUGCAGUCAUGGAAGUUAAGGCAUCAUAUCAAGUGAAGAGAAAUUGGAUGGGUGAUCCCUGUCUUCCAAGUAAUUUUACUUGGGAUGGAUUGAAUUGCAGCUUCAGUGGUUCUGAACCCCCAAGAAUCAUAUCUCUAAGCCUGGCUUAUAGUGGAUUGACUGGAGAAAUAACUGCUGCUCUUACAAAGCUAGAAUCACUCAGAUACUUGGAUCUAUCUGGUAAUAGUUUGUCCGGACCGGUACCUGAUGCUCUAGGAGAACUGCCUUAUUUAGAAUUCUUAAAUUUGUCAAGCAACCAGCUUACAGGAUCAAUUCCUCGUCGUCUUCAAGAAAGAUCGAAAGAUGGAUCUCUUAAAUUAAG